CAACUAUUUGCAUAAUUGGUCCAGAGGCAGCUCUCUAUAAGAAGGGAAGAAGACUUAAUCUACCCAAAAGAACUCAGGAGCACUUCUGGUGGAUGUCAUCUGUGAUUCAACGGAGGAAGGCAACUUUGAAGCUGAAACCUGUAAGUAGCUACAGAAAGAUACUGAGCUGAGCCAAUUCUUUCAACCCCUGAGCCAAGGAUUAAAGCACUUGGAAGGAAGGAACUUGUCUUGCCAUGUCCAUCUCCAUUUGGCGGCGGCAGCUGUUUCUAUUCCUGGCUUUUACUAGUGUGUGUGUCAACUUGGGGCAGCAAUUUCCAGAAGAAGAUGACAAUGAUGAAAAGAGUCUCCUUGAUGACCUCUCCCCAGAGGCAGAAAGCCUCAUUUUAAGUUCCAUUUUCAGAAAGGUAGAAGAUGCAAAAGAGGAUCUGGAGAAAGAGCCGAAUGCUUCUGAGCUGGAUUGGAUCACCAAAAGGCAGCACCCUGGGAAGAGAAUGGUAAUGGAUUUGGAGAAGAGACAGCAUCCUGGCAGAAGAUCCCUCUCGGAUCAAAUCCUCAGCAUUCCAAGCAGCCAGCUAGCUUAUCUGAACGAAUUAUCCAAAAGACAACAUCCGGGCAAGAGGUACUUGCCUUACAACAAGCGACAGCACCCUGGCAAGCGAGGUUGGGACGAUGAGACUGAGAGUGAGGAAAUCUUAGAGAAGCGGCAGCAUCCAGGCAAGAGAUAUCUGGGUUCACAGACCCCAGACAAUAAUAUUCUCUGUGACACCCAGGAGUCCUCUGAAUGCAGCAAAGGUAGCCUGCUGCUAGGGUUGCUAGAAAAGAUAAACAAAGUCCGCGGUGAAGAGAAGAGCCAACACCCUGGGAGAAGUUCUUGGUUGGAUGGUGAAAUAGAAGCAGAGGAGUGAGAAACAUUGUUUGUGUGUCUGUGUCUCUGUGUCUGUGUAAUCAUUGUUUCAUUCUUCUGGAUGAUUUCUGAAUGACUUCCCCACCUCCUCCUGCUUGCUGACUUCUCUGCAGGUAAUUCUUCAUAAGGAAUAUCACAUAGAACGGUGGAGUACUGUAGUCCAUUUUUAGCAGUCUAUGGACAUGUGGAUUUCAUUUUAAAGAAAAGACUGAAGUGUUUCCUUGAGUGACAGAUAGUUGGGCUUGAUCCUUGUUUAAAACGAAGCUGCUCAUAAAAAGCCAUACCAAUGUACCAUUUUUUUUCCAACUGUGCAUGGGCCAAUGAUAAAUACUGUAUAGGGGGAAGGUGGGAAUUUUCAUAAUAGGAGACUAAUUAGAGCUAAUUUUGCUGUUCACUGCUGGUGCACCAGUUCCAAAGAGUCAUGUUUCCUGUUCAAGUCUGAAUAUUCUCCCAUUGCAGGUAUGAAUUAAAUUACAAAUGGAGAACUGUAAUUCAGCAAGAGAUGUGUAGAAGAUCGUGAUUAUUAUAGUUCUCUAAUUUAUAUCUGUAAUGGAAGACUAUUUGGUCUACAUUCUUAACUGUAGAAGAUAAGUGAUUACAACAAAGUUAUCCUGAAGUAGGACCUUCCCAUGUACUUAAUAAAUCAGAAGUGGAUAAAAGAAAGGAAGAGUUCACAAUCAGAUUCUUGUCUUAAAGACAAUAUGAACUAUGUACUGUAGAUCAACUGAUGGAAUAUUGUAGUUAGUAUCCAUUGCAAUAAUCCAUCCAUAUUGCAGAUGGAUGGAUUAGGGAGGGAACCAACACAGUGGCUUUUUAGAUGUUACCUAUUCACCGUGACGAUCAAAAUCAUAUUAUAAGACCUGUUUGGUUGUAUUGCUUAAAUCAGAUCUUCCCAGUUUAGUGUUGUUGAAAUGAGUUGAAUUAUGAUUCUCAUUGUUCGCAAUCUACAUAUCUGUGCUAGCUGGCUCUUUAUAGCCCAACAUAUUUGAAGAUCUUCAGAUUGAGAGGGUUCACAGUAUGAUUCAGGACCACUGAAGUGUGAAUGUCAUAAUCUCAGGAGGAUGAACACUAUGGGUUUUUGUAGUAGCUGUAGUUGGAAACUGACUAUGGCGAUGUUAAGCCUUGUACUAAGUAUGACCUCUGGACUCUUAGAUUUGAGUGAUCACUUUAUAAAUCAAAUUAUUAUUAGUUAAGCAGAAACACAAAAGGAUUUGACGAUACGAAUAAAGAGAAUUAUCAAUAGACAAUAGAAUAACAGCUGCUUAUAUUAUCCAUUUAAUCAUGGAAUGAGAAAUAAACUUGUGUCUAAAAAAAGAAAGAAAUCUAUUCCACAUAUAUCAGUAAUCCAACUGUGGAAGGACAGGGAACCUAUGAUAUUUCACAUUCUCCAGCUAUCAUAAUGUAUAUUAUUUGUUUCCAUAUUGCUAGAAUAUACCUUUCCAUGUAGUAAUGUGGUUUUCAAAUUAUAUUUUCCAGUGAUAGUGUUUUCUACUCUGAUACCUUCUCAGUUGGGGGAGGCUGUGAAUCUACCAAGUAUUAAGUUAUGAUAAUGUAAGAAGUUUCUCUAUGCUCAUUGCUAAGGUGGAACAAACGGAAAUCCAAUCAGAAAAUGUACACUGAGGAAGAUUUUAGUAAUUCAGCUUUUUCUAUUAUUGCAAGAAUCAGCAUGAAAAAUCUUUAGCCAAGAAUUUCUGGUUCCAGCUAGAUUCAAAUAAAGUGGAAGUAAAUCUUCCAACUCAAAAUAAUGAUUGGCAAAAAUAUAAUGAUUGAUAACAGCAACAAUGAAAAUUUAAAAGAGGAACUUGUAGACAUCUUCAUCUUAUUGUGUGGAUUUUAAUUUAAAAAUUGUGGGGAAACUCUGCUUACCAUGCUCAGAAGAAAUGUAUUCACUUUCUGUGAAUUAAAAGUGUUUACUUGCCAUAUAAAAUUAUAGUGUUCCAAUUCAGCUUUCAUUUUGAUUGUACAGAAAGAAAGUAAAUAAACAAUGUGCCAAAUUAGAAUUGACUUCUAGAUUGAAAAGGGGGGAAAUAAACUCUAUAUAACAAGGGGACAAGUUUGAUAUUUUAAACCAAAACUUGUGUAUGACAUGAUUAUACAUUUGUAUACAAUAUUAAUCAAAUGUUCACAUGGAAACUAUUUUUGCUGAAAUAGAUUUCUCUUUGAAAUAUUU